UUCACGCCCGAACGGCCUGCAGUGUGUCGCGCGCGUCCCGUUCGUCCGCUUAUAUCGCCCGCCGCCUCCGCCGUUAUCGCCGCUACCGCGUUUUUGGCGUUAUGUCCCGCCGACGCGUUUACCAAGGCCCCGAGCGAUUAUAAUAAUUUACUGCUAUUAUUAAUAAUGUUAUAAUUAAUUGUAAAAUAUUAUAAGACGUAUUAUACGCCUCUAAACGUAAUAUAAUAUUAUUACCUAUAUUAUUAUAUGAUAUUAUAGUUGCGGUCUUCCGGGCUCCCGCGAUAACGUUCGGACACGCGUAAAUAGACUAUAUAAUUAUAUUAUAGUGUUUCGUCGGCUGACGGUUUAUUUUUCUUUUCACACAGUUCGUGUCAGCGGGGCCCCUGCAAUUCGACGUCACCGCCGCCGCAUGUUCAAGACGGUGCGCGCCCAACAUGGCGCCGGAGACCUGGUGGCCGAGCUCGAGUACACGAUAUUGCCGCAGACAGACGACCGUUCACCGUCCGCGUCGAGCGGCGAGGAAGAACAACCGCCGUGCGGCGCGGCGACCGCGUGCCAUCGGACCCAUCUGCACCACCACAACCAUCACCACCACCAAUUACAACAACAGCAGCAGCAGCAGCAAAAACAACAACAACAACAACACCACUACCAAUACCGGUACCACCAACACAGCAGGGACGCGUCUCCGCAGACUCAGCCGCACCACCAUCACCAUCAUCACCACCGCAGGUCGUCGUCCUCGUCAUCCUCUUCGGCGACGGCCGAUGACAGCGUCGGCGGCGGCGGUGGCGCCGGCACCAGACGCACCGUUGUCGUCAUCAUAGCCAUGCUAGUGCUCGGGUGCGGCGUCGUGGCGGCCGCCGUGCUGGUGCCCAUUCUGUUGGCCGCUCGACUGGUAACCGUGCCAGCCUCGGCCCGGUUACAGACGUUUGCUGUGGCAGCGUCUGGCGUAAUUCACUCGGCGCGCGGUGACUACGUGCAACUGCUGCCGGUCAAGCACGCGCCGCCCGGCACGGUCAUCAAUUUUGGACCACCGCCGCCCCCACCGCCGCCUUCCACGGGCCGCCGGCGCAAGAGACGAUCGGCCGUGGCCGCGGUGGUCAGACGGCGACGGAGGCGGCCGGUCGCUGAAGUCCAACACCGGAAACCAGUCCGGACUGACGACGGCUUCCGGUCAUUGGACUUUCGGAUUAGUCAAUAGCGAUGGAAAAAGUUUCCGGUUUUAUACGGACCGAGAGUGAAGUCGGAUAUGGCAAAAACAAGGAUGCGAUUCCCAUCAGACCGCCAAUGAAAAUAUACAAGCCGUAGCGAGUAAAUUAUUGUUUAUGAUGAUUAUACACAAAACUAUAUUAAAACAAACCAAUUUAUAAAUAUUAUUACUCGUCUAUGUCCCAUAUAUAACUUAUUAAAAUAGUUGAUUUGUUUGUAUACAUUAAAAUAUAUGCAUUAAAAAUGUAUGUAUUUAUAUUCAAUUGCUGAAUAAAUAACUUGAAAAAAAAACUAUUAUAUUAUAAAGUCACACGAAAUCUGUACACCCAACACUUAAACUAUACUGAGUAAUGUUAACAUAUUUUCGUAUUAAAAUUAUAACAUUUUUUUUUACAUAA